AUGCCCGCAGUCGACCGAUCGAGGGAGGAGAAGCUUCCUCCCUUCCCAGAUGACGUGCCCACCGCGCCUCUCGUAACGAUAUCCCUGUCCAAACUCCUCCACGGGGAUGAAGACGACGAACAUGCCCAGCUCUUCCAGGCCGCCAAGUCCCUUGGCUUCUUCUACCUGGACAUGCGCGGCUGUCCGGUAGGAGAGAGCAUAUUGCGGCAAGCUGACGCCAUGUUCGACCUCGCAGAGGAUUUCUUCGCGUUGCCGGAGGAAGAGAAGAGGAAAUACGAUUUUGCCGCGCAGGGAAAGUAUUUCGGAUACAAAGGUAUGGGGAAGGAAGUCAUUGAUGGGGAGGGGACGAGAGAUAGGAAUGAGAUCUACAAUAUCUCCAAAGACGAUAUUCUCUCGAUUUCCGAACCGCUGCCAGCGCCCGAACUCAUAAACAACCGACGAAGCGAUCUUUCGACGUACAUCCACACCAACUACACCAUCCUCGAUGUGCUAUUCACGUCGCUUUCGCGAUCGCUCCGACUCGAGCCCUCGACAUUGUCGAAUCUGCACCGUCUCCACGCGCCAUCCGGCUGCCACGUCCGCUUCAUCCGCGCGCCGCCGUCGACCAAGCCCGUCAGCGAGGAAACGGCCGCCCUCGGCGAACACACCGACUUUGGCUCCCUCACCAUCCUGUUCAACCGCCUGGGCGGGCUGCAGGUGCAGCUGCCGCAGUCGCAGGACUGGGUGUACGUCAGGCCCGUCCCCGGUUGCGCCAUCGUCAACCUCGGCGAUGCCAUGGUCAAGUUCUCCGCCGGCAUUCUCCGGAGCAACCUGCAUCGCGUCGUCACGCCGCCGGGCGAGCAGGCGAAGCACACGAGAUACAGCCUGGUCUAUUUCUCGAGACCGGAGCACGAGGUCGUCAUGAAGAGGCUGCCCGGAGGACUGAUCGAUGAGCAGGGCGUGACGUCCCCGGACGGAGAGACGGAGGAGAAAACGAGGGAUUGGAUGUUGAGGAGACAUCUUGGGAGGAAGAUCGAGUAUUUUACUGGGCCGGAGAGUUGGCAGAAUGCAAUGGGCACGGAGAAGCGGGAUGUCGUGGUGCAAUAG